UGGGAAACAGAAAGCAAUGGCUGCCGUGUUUGGGGACUGGGAAGAAUCAUAUGCAUUCCUUCCCAAACUGAUUUUGGCGUUGGAGGUGUCUAACCCUGGAACCAUUUUCUCGCCUCGCUACCAAGAUGAAGAAAUUCAAUCGCCGGUUGCUGGUAACAAUCGUCAAUUCAAGCGUCUUUUCUGGGCCUUCAAGCCAUGUAUUGAUGGUUUCCCAUACUGUGUUCCUGUGAUUCAAGUUGAUGGAACAUUCCUUACCGGCAAGUACAAGGGUACUCUACUGAUUGCCAGCGGAGCAGAUGCAAAUCGAUUAGUAUAUCCAUUAGCCUUUGCCAUCGUGGAGGGAGAGAAUACCGAUAGCUAUGGAUGGUUCUUCAGACAAAUUCAGCUCCAUGUCACCAGACGGACGAACUUGACUAUCAUCUCAGAUCGCCACGCCGGGAUACGGGCUGCUAUUUUAGGCUUGGAUCCAGCAUGGAACUGGUCACAGAGAUGGUGCAUCCGGCAUUUCAAGAGCAACUGGAACCAUCAUUUCAAGCGAAGGAAGCUUGCUGACAGUCUAUGGUGGAUUGCUGUCGCCUACCAAGAGAAGAAAUUUAAAGAGAAGAUGCAGAAUAUUCGUCAAAUAUGCCCUGAAGGUGCGCAGUGGCUUGAUCAACAUGACCUUGAAAUGUGGACUUUUCAUAAGGACGGAGGUCACAGAUGGGGUAUUGCCACAACAAACUCAAGCGAGAGUAUCAACAACGUCUACAGGGAAUGUCGUGCACUCCCCAUCUCUGCAAUUGUUGAGAUGACAUUCUGGAAAACAAACAGAUGGUUCGUCAACCGUCUCCACUGGUGUGAGAAGAGGGAGGCGCUCGGGAAGGUACACUCC